UUGCUAGUACCACUGCUGGAGUUUGGCACAAUAAGAUCAAACCUAACUUUAAGUUAGUAGAGUGAAAAUGCACAUUUUUAGUUUAUUUUAGAUAGAAAAUGUGUGUGUGUCUGAGAGAGACCAAUAUAACCAUUGCUUCUCUCUAGUGUCUCCAAGUUCCUAAGCUUGGUUUAGCCUUGGAUUUGGGGUAAAAGGCCUCGAGAGAGAGCGAAGCUUGCUUCACUUUAUUCCCUCCCUUCAAAUUCGAUAUUUUGCUCUGUACCCAUAACGAGGUUUGGUUUGGUUUUGCAAGAGAGAAUCUCUCUCUCUCUCUCUCUCUCAAACUAGCACAUUGUGCCUCAUAAUCUCUUAUAGUUCUUAUAACAUAUCAGGGGGGGUUGUCCCAUCUGCGCUUUCUUUCUUCCCUUGGAUUUUCAUCCUCUCCAAAAACACGACCAUGUGAGUGAGUGUUUUUUUUUUUUUUAUUUGUACCACAUUGCCUAAAAUGGUGACAAACUGGGAUUUCCUCUGUUCCCUCAACGUUACCUAAGAAACAGAGGAGUGCCCUGUUUCCCCCACUUUGUUGUGUUCCUAUCCUCUCCCAUUUACCGAGUGAGUGCUUUCAUGUUUGAUCAACCAUCCCGUUAUUAUGUCUUUUUCUUCCCUUUUAAUAAACAGAACCAAAAAUUAAAGUGAAACGAAACCCAUGUUCUUAGGGUCCUGAGCCUCUUCCUCUUGUCUUUAUUAUUAUUAUACUCGAGCUUCUCUUCAACAAGGAAAGGUUAUUAUUGGAUUGGGUUGUUUUCUGUUGUUAAUUCAGAAGGCUUUAUGAAGUUGUCCCAACAAUGAGAGAUGACAACUCGAAGAAAAGCAAGCUUUCAUGGCCCAAAACGUUGGUCAAGAAGUGGUUCAACAUUAAAAGCAAAAACGAGGACUUUCAGGCAGAUGAUGUCCUCUACGCAGGUGUCAAUCAAGAGUGGAGGAACUGUUCACAGAGGGAGGAAGACACUAUCAAGAGAAGCAAAACAGAGAGAGCAAAGAGGAGACACUCAGAUAGAAUGCGGCGAGGUAGAAUUGACCGUGAUGCAGCUCCGGUUACAGAUGUGCAUAACUAUAGAAUCUUUGCUGCCACUUGGAAUGUAGCUGGAAAAUCACCUCCAAGUUAUUUGAGUCUGGAAGAUUGGCUUCACUCUUCUCCUCCUGCUGAUAUCUAUGUUCUUGGGUUUCAAGAAAUUGUACCUCUCAAUGCUGGCAAUGUUUUGGGCACAGAAGAUAAUGGCCCUGCCAGAAAGUGGCUAUCUCUUAUUAGGAAGACCCUAAACAGUCUUCCUGGAACAAGCGGUGAAUGCCACACUACUUCACCGCUCCCUGACCCUAUUGUAGAGUUAGAUGCUGAUUUUGAGGGAUCAAUGAGGCAGAAGACGACCUCUUUCUUCCAUCGCCGGUCAUUCCAAUCCUUGAGUCAUAGUAUGAGAAUGGACAAUGACAUGUCACUACCACAAGCAUGCCUUGAUCGUCGUCUCAGUGUAUGUGAUAGAAUGAUGUUUGGUCACAGGCCAAGUGACUAUGACCCCUGUUAUAGAUGGGCUUCCUCGGAUGAUGAAAAUGGCCCUGGUGACUCCCCAGUUGUAACACAUUAUUCACCAAUGAUAUAUAGAGGUUGCUUCUCUAUGGAGGAUAGAUUUAGACAGACAGGACAGUCAAGAUACUGUUUGGUUGCUAGUAAGCAAAUGGUUGGAAUAUUUCUAACAGUUUGGGUGAAAAGUGAUAUAAGAGAUGAUGUUCACAAUAUGAAAGUGUCUUGUGUUGGCAGAGGAUUAAUGGGAUAUCUUGGAAACAAGGGUUCAAUAUCAAUUAGCAUGUCUUUGCACCAAACAAGCUUUUGCUUCAUCUGUAGUCAUUUGACUUCUGGACAAAAGGAAGGUGAUGAACUAAGGAGGAAUUCAGAUGUAAUGGAGAUUCUCAGAAAGACAAGGUUUCCCCGAGUUCAAGACAUGGGAGAUGAGAGUUCUCCUCAGACAAUUCUGGAUCAUGAUCGAAUAAUUUGGCUGGGGGAUUUAAAUUACCGGAUAGCCCUUUCUUACCGUGCAGCAAAGGCUCUUGUUGAGAUGCAUAAUUGGAAGGUUCUGUUGGAGAAUGACCAGCUACAUAUAGAGCGGAGACAAGGUCGAGUCUUUGAAGGAUGGAAUGAGGGGAAAAUAUAUUUCCCUCCCACAUACAAGUAUUCAAACAAUUCAGAUAGAUAUGCAGGCGAUGAAAGACAGUCAAAACAAAAGAGAAGAACUCCAGCAUGGUGUGAUCGUAUCUUGUGGUAUGGAAGAGGCCUCCGCCAAUUAUCGUACGUUCGUGGGGAGUCAAGAUUCUCAGAUCAUAGACCAGUUUAUAGCAUGUUUCUGGCAGAAGUUGAGUCUGUUAGCCGUAACCGAAUCAAAAAAUGCUCUAGCUGCUCCAGUUCAAGGAUUGAAGUGGAAGAGUUGUUGCCUCAUUCACACGGUUACAGUUACACUGAUUUGAGUUUCUUCUGAUGAAUGCUAUAAUAAUGCAUAUUCCGUCUGAUCAACCUGACCAAUUGAAGAAUCUGAAGUAGCAAAGUGUACGAUACAAGGUGGGCAAUGCUCUGGGGAAUUCUAGCCCCAAUGGUGAUGUAAACAUUCUGUUACUCUCACACUCCCAAUUAAGCUGCAGGGUUUGAUUUUGCACACAACCACAGAAACUGAAUAAUCUUUUUUGGCAGACUAAUUAAUCACUGUCUGACUCAAAUGUAAAAUACCAUCUCAAUUCUGAUUAAAAUGAGAAACAUAAAAAGAAUUACCGCUGUGAAGGGUACUCAUUGCUUGUGUUAGAAAAGAUAUGUGCAAGUUCUGACGUAUAUGAAGCUUCUUUUCUCGUGGCAGCUAAUGAUUUCACCGAGGACCAUUAAAGCUUAUGGGUAAAAUUUUAUUAUGGCUUUGUUUUCAACAUGUUGUAGUGUUUUCUUUUUCUGAUUGUUAAGAUGAAAGUUGCAACCAAAAGGAAAGAAGGAAAUGCGCACAACAUACAUUGCUUUAUUGGCUUUUAUCAGCAAGUCAUUAUUUUUGUACCCAAAUUCCAAAUUAUGACCCCUUUUAUUUUUUCUUUUACUUUCAUUCCGAUUCGGGAAUGAUUCUUUGGGCAACAUCAACACCUUUUCCGUCAAUGUUUGUUGUAUGAUGAAUCGGUGAAUUUGGCCCAUGCUUAAUAAAUCUUGUAAUCGCACUCCUUUUUGGCAUUGCCAUGUUGUAGAAUAUUUCAUGUGAGGAUUUUGAAAAGUAGUUCUAAUAAAGAAUGA